AUGGCUCCCAUUCGACGAUAUCUCCGUAUUAGCAAAUACUCAGUACUGGAAUGUCGGAUUUAUCUGGAAUCCCCAUCUGAUUCACGAUGGCUCUUGGACUCUCGCGAUCCUGUGCUACCACGCGUCAUCUCUGCCGUUCGACCGUUGGUCCUUCCGAAGCUGCGUGAAGAGAAUGAGCGGUUGUUCAUGCGCAAAAAGGGCAAGCCGGUCAAGGAUGUCAUUGCAGAAGAUGACUUUGAAGUGGCCAUCUUCCUCCGCGAAUCCCGCACCCGCCAUUCGCUCCUCACGCGCAACAAAACAUUCCACGGAAAGGAACGUCAAGCUCGAAACUUAAAACUGGAGUUGAACCAAGAACAUGUCUCAGAGGAUACGGCUGCCAACCCGGUUAACUCGGGAGAUGGCGAAAUUAUGAUCGAGAGUGAUAGUGAGCCUGAUCUGGAAUUGCACAAUAUUCCCGAAUCUGCGGACGAAGUGCCUGAAGACACUGGCAGUGACGAGAAGAAGCUUGGUUUCAGCACCCAUUACGAGAGCUUCAAUAUCUAUGGAUGGGUGUUAUGUCUGUUGAUCACCCGCAAGGGCGACAAAACCAGACCAAGUGCUGUGGCAUCUGAGUCAAAUCGGCAACCUCUGAUGGAAGAAUGGAUUUCAACUCAGGCUCAGGCGUCUGUUGACGAGUGA